AUGUAUUACGAACCAGGAAAGACAUCUCACGGCCUCCCACAUGAUCCUUUCAAGGUAUGCGUGGUCCCUCGGCCAAUUGGCUGGAUCUCGACUAUUUCCGACUCGGAUCCUAACGUACACAACAUUGCACCCUACUCGCAAUUCAACAACCUCACCUUUGACCCACCGUAUGUGAUGUUCUCGGCCAACCAGAAGCUUGACUCGCAGCGCAAAGAUACCGUCCGCAAUGCUGAGCUGACUGGCAAGUUUUGCUGGAAUAUGGCAACUUGGGGCCUGCGGGAAGCUGUCAACAUCUCGGCUCAGCAAGUCGAAUACGGUGUUGACGAAUUUGAGAGCGCCGGUUUAGGAAAGGAGUUCAGUCGUUCGCUGCCAGGCGCCCCUGUACCUAUGGUCAAGGACAGUCCAGUCAAAUUCGAGUGCGUGUAUCAUACAACGCUUCGACUACCUGCCAAGCCGCCCAUGGGAACAGUUGAUAUAGUUAUUGGGAGAGUUGUUGCAGUACACAUUCGAGAUGAUGUAUUGACGAACGGGAAGUUGGAUGUUGCCAAGAUGCUACCUAUUGCUAGGUGUGGUUAUUUUCAGUACACGGUUAUUCGGGAGACCUUUGAGAUGAUUAUUCCGGGCAUGGAUGAAGCAACUCACGCUGGAUUGGAAGGAAGCAGCGCGAUACACAGCAAGAUACAUGACCUGAAACGCUGA